UCAUAGUAUCAUUCAGACAAGAACACAAAACUGAAUACUCAAAACACACAGAGCACUGCAAAUGGAUCCUCUAACGGCUCUCCGGGAGAUGACGAUGAGAAACGAGCUCGACAAAAUCGUCCGAUUCGACAACGAGUACCGAUUCGGCUCUUCCUACUCGUUCCCCUGCACAAUCGAAACGGCCUACAGAUCAAAACAAGGUAAUCUCUACACUCUCGAAACCCUAGUUUACUUCAUUAAGAAUGUCAACAUCAAGCACCACGAUUACAUCCGUUACGCCGGCACACAGAAGAUCCCUGCGGUCACUCUCCUGGAUCGCAAACCCUUAAUUGAGUACCUGCAAGGUAGAAUUUCAUCGACUGACGCUAUCGAGUUCCUCCCGCCUCCACCUCAACAUCAAAACUUUGAGAAUCAUGAUUACCGUAUUGGCGAUUACCCUAAUUUAAACGUGGUACCUGGUGACGAAUUGGAUGUUGAUAAUCAGGAACCUAGGGUUGCGGUUAUCGAAAACCCUAUGGACAUGCUCAGAGCAAUCGAAAGACCAUUGAAGGAUCGUGAGACGAUAUUGGAGUGUAGACAUAGGGAUUUCUACAGCGUGCUUACAGCUGCAACAAAGAGAGACGAGGAAAGACAGAGAUUAGAAUCGCAACAGAGGAAAGAUGGUUUGGUAGCUAAGAACAGGAUCGAUAGAGGGUUUGGAGAGGAUUUAGGGUUAGGGUUAGAUGGGACUCCGAGGCCAAAAAUGAAGGGGAGCAAGAUUGGUGAUGGGGUCCCGAUUAUAUUGGUUCCAAGUGCUUCACAGACACUGAUUACUAUCUAUAAUGUGAAAGAGUUUUUAGAAGAUGGAGUGUUUAUACCUACUGAUGUGAAGAUGAAGCAGAUGAAAGGGCCAAAACCAGAAUGUGUAACAGUGUUGAAGAAGUUUAGUAGUAGGGAUAGAGUGGUGACAGCUUAUGAGGUGAGGGAUAAACCUUCUGCAUUGAAGGCUGAAGAAUGGGGUCGAGUAGUGGCUGUUUUCGUGUUAGGGAAAGAGUGGCAGUUUAAAGAUUGGCCUUUCAAAGAUCAUGUUGAGAUCUUCAUCAAAAUUCUUGGAUUUUACAUGCGUUUUGAGGAUGAUAGUGUUGAGUCUGCAAAGAUUGUAAAGCAAUGGAAUGUGAAAAUCAUAUCGAUAAGCAAGAACAAGAGGCAUCAGGAUAGAGCUGCUGCACUUGAUGUUUGGGACAGAUUAGAAGAAUUUGUGCGCUCAAGAUCACGUUCUUGAGUACACCCUCAUGCUCUAAACCCAAGCUCUCCAUAGUUGGAAACCAUGUUUUUGAUCCUACUCUCUAUCAAAGUCUUGUUGGAGCUCUCCAAUAUCCGACAUUCACUCCUCGGAUAUUGCUUAUGCGGUUCAACAAAUAUGUCUCUUUAUGCAUGAUCCUCGUGAACAUAAUUUUCUUGCUCUAAAAUGUAUACUUCUGUACCUUUAGGGGACUUUGUCUCUUGGUCUUCAUCUUUGUCCUCAGACAUGCCGCUCUACUUUUGUAGUUUGUAUCUUUGUUGGUGACAAUCAUGUUUCUUGGUCCUCCAAAAGGCAACACAUCAUGUAGAGGUCUAGUGCCGAAACUGAGUACAGGGGGUAGCCAAUGUUGUAGUUAAAGUUGUCUGACUUCACAAUAUUCUCGAGUUGUUAUGUUUAUUAUCUCGUACUACUGUUGAUUUUUAUGACAAUGUAAGUUUUAUGUACCUAACUUCAAACCCACUACAUCACCAAAUUACCAAACAUGUGAAAUCGAUUUAUAUUUUGUUAGGGAACAUGUUGCUAUUGGUCAUGUACACGUACUUCAUGUUUCUUCUGCUCACCCGUUUGCUGAUAUUUUUACUAAAGGAUUACCUACAUAAUUAUUUUUGGACUUUCAGGACAAUUUAAGCAUUUAUGAACCUCCCGCUCAAAUUGAGGGGAAGUGUUAAACUAUUAUUUAUUGGAUAGUUUAGGUCUUUUUAUCAUGAU